AUAUAACAUGAUGUCAACACUUAUGCGUCACAACUCUGGUUUUGGAUGGGACUCAAUUGCAAAAACUUUCACCGCUACUGAGGAAGUAUGGAAAGAUUACUUAAAGGUGAGCUAAGUUCACAAUCUUUUAAACAUAUCUAAUAGUUACAAUUUUAGUACUUUAUAAUAUCUAAGAGGACGAGAUGUAAGCAGUUAUCGUGAUCGUCAUGGAAAUAUAUCACAAAAUGUAUUAGCUGCAUGCAACUUUGAUUUGGAAUUCAUGUACGUUCUUAGCGGAUGGGAGGGUUCAGCACAUGAUUCCAAGCUAUUAAAUGAUGCGUUGACAAGGAGGAAUGGACUUAAAGUACCCCAAGGUAAGUAUUUUUUGGUGGAUUGUGGAUUUCCAAAUCGACGCAAAUUUUUAGCCCCAUAUCGAGGUGUACGAUAUCAUCUACAAGAUUUUGCAGGUCAUGGUAAUGACCCUGAAAAUGAAAAGGAAUUAUUCAAUCUUCGACAUGCGUCCUUAAGGAAUGUGAUUGAGAGAAUAUUUGGUGUUUUUAAAUCGCGGUUCACAAUUUUUAAGUCCGCGCCUCCAUUUCCAUUUAAGGCACAAGCGGAGCUUGUGUUGGCAUGCGCAGCACUUCAUAAUUUUCUUCGUAAAGAAUGUCGUUCUGAUGAAUUUCCAGUCGAACCUACGGAUGAGUCUUCAUCCUCAUCUUCAGUGUUACCAAAUCAUGAAGACAAUAAUUAUGAACCCAUUGUUCAAACACAAGAGCAGGAACGAGAAGAUGCAAAUUUAUGGAGGACUAGUAUAGGUUCAGAUAUGUGGAGAAAUGCUACUUAG